AUGGUGUUGUACGGCAAGGAUACUGAUUCGAAACGAAUCCAACAGGUGGCAGUGUAUUCACCUAAGCUUGCCGCUGGAACCCAGAAGCGACGCAUUCGUCUGUACAAUCUUGUCUUUGUUUUGUUAUAUGUCUAUCAAAGUAUUUGGGUGGCGUCCACCAUUGGAAAACCUUAUCGCCAGUUUCUUGAAAAGGCAGACCGUGAAGGCUUUGAAGUUAUGGAAGGAUCUACUGUAUUGAGGGCAGAACUUGAGCACACGUUUCAAGAUAUCAAUGAUCCCAAUCGACGCAUCAAAAAGAUUGGUUGGAUGGACUGGAUGGAUAUGGAUAUUGAAGAACUGGCAGAAGAGAAAAAGAAGGAUAAGGAAAAGAACGUUUUGGAUAGUUUGCCAAAAAAUAUGCGAGUUCCUUCCCGUUAUGCGACCGAAUUCACGCCAACGCUGAUCCUUGGAAUAUUGGCCGUGUUGCACGCAUUGGUGUUCUUGAUGCAGCACUGGUCGGUGGGAUUCAAUGUUUGGAUCAACUAUCGAGAAUUUGAUGUGGACAAAGUGGAAAUAUCUGAAGAACUCAUGGAAUUGGACUUGGAGGAAGACGAGAUUCGGUUGGCGGCUUGGAAGAAAGAUCCGAAGAAGAAGGAUGCCGUUAUGGAUCGAGCCAUUCAAAACGCACCAUCUAGUCUUCCCACGCAUGCAAGAGUCAUACCGGCCAAGGGUCGGCAUAUGCUGGUACCACUUGAGUAUUAUCCUACCCUGGGAAUGACAUUCGAGUACCAUCGCAGGCGAUAUAUUUUUGACGCUGAAAGUGCCACAUGGAGUAAGGUUCGAUGCCGCACCGAUAUUCCAUUGACCUUUCUUGAGACUUGGAACGGUUUUCAAUCGGACCACCAUGUGAUAUCUGGUCAAAUUCGAUAUGGAAGCAACACAUUCAGUGUAAAGCAACCGACCUUUGGCGAGUUGUACAAGGCACAAUUGCUGAAUCCAUUUACUGUCUUUCAACUGUUCUGUGUCAUGCUCUGGAUGCUCGACGAGUAUUGGCAGUACAGUUUGUUCAAUCUUUUCAUGAUUCUCAUGUUUGAAGCAACGGUUGUAUUUUCUCGUAUCAAGAGUCUCUCGGCACUGCGAGGAAUGGGAAACAAAUCCAAACCGGUUUGGGUGCAUCGUCUUGGACAAUGGACCAUGGUCGAAACCAGUGAGCUACUACCAGGUGAUCUGAUGAGUUUGGUUCGACAGAAGCCUCAUUUCGCAAAGGGAGAGGAAAAAGGAAACAAGAAGAGGACAGUCGAGGAUGAAGGUGGAGAUAUUGUGCCAGCAGAUUUGUUGCUCUUGAAUGGAUCGACAGUCGUCAAUGAAUCCAGCUUGACUGGAGAAUCGGUGCCUCAAAUGAAGGAAGGGUUGACAGAAGUAGAAGACGAAAACCUUAGCAUGAAGUUUAAACACAAGAUGAGCGUUGCUUACGCAGGCACAAAGAUGUUGCAGUGUAAGGGUGCCGCCGAAGUGGAAGCCCAGACUGGAGUCUCAAAGUCGAUCCUUAAGGGCAUUACCAAUCCUCCUGAUAAUGGAGCCGUUUGCUUCGUGCUUCGAACUGGCUUUUCAUCUGCUCAAGGAAAGUUGGUGCGAAUGAUUGAGGGUUCACAGGAAAAAGUCAAGGGUCACGAAAAGGAAACUGGGCUGCUGCUUUUGUUGCUUUUCUUCUUUGCUGUCGCAAGUUCUUCGUAUGUGUUAUACCAUGGUCUGCAAAAUGACCAGCGAAGUCAGUAUGAGCUUCUCUUGCAUUGUAUUCUUAUCAUUACAAGUGUUAUUCCGCCGGAAUUGCCGAUGCAGAUGGCUCUCGCUGUGAAUAAUAGUCUGAUGACAUUGAUGAAGAUGCAUGUAUUCUGCACAGAACCUUAUCGUGUACCGAUGGCUGGAAAAUUGGAUGCUGCUCUGUUCGACAAAACCGGCACUUUGACCACAGAUGAGCUUGUGGCCGUGGGUGUAUGUCAACCAGUCAAGCUCAAGACUCCAAAGAAUAAAGAGGAGGAGGACGAGAAUUUCCUCACCCCUAUGGUGAAGGUAAGCGAUGAAGCUGCACUAGUUUUGGCUGGAUGCCAUUCUCUUGUCUACAUUGAAGGUGAAACGACAGGAGAUCCAUUGGAGAGUGCAUCAUUGAAAUCAAUGCGAUGGCAACUGUCUACCGAGACAGGAAAUGCUGUCCCUGCCCCUGCUACCGAGAAGAAGGCAGGAGGAAGUACAAUUCGUUUGCAGUCUGGCGCAACCGUAUCUGAGAUUGAGGUUUUGACGCGACAUCACUUUAGUUCAAAGCUUCAAAGAAUGAGUUGUGUUGCCAAGUCAGUAACGAACGGAAAGCACUUUGCGGUAAUGAAGGGAUCACCAGAAGCUGUAGGCGACCAUCUUGCAAAGAAACCAGCAGGAUAUGACGAAAAAGCAGCUUUUCUUUCCAAGGAAGGCUACAGAGUUAUUGGUCUUGCGUACAAGCCCCUUCAAACAGAAACUGAAAUCUCGAGUUCUCGUGAAGCAAGAGCUAGUUGUGAAUCCAACAUGCAAUUCGCUGGUUUUAUUGCAUUUACUUGCCGUGUAAGAAAGGACACGUCCGCAGUAUUGAUGAGGCUGAUGGAAGGUGGAUUGUCGAUUGCGAUGGUUACUGGUGAUGCAUUGCUUACAGCUGUUCACGUAGCCAAAGAGGUUAAUAUAUUUGAGCCUAUUGGAGGCAUUGAGGCUGAAUUGAAUAGGACGGUCGAGAAUAAUCCAGAGCUUCAAAAGCUUCUCAAUAGCAAACGAAACCCAAGUUCCUCGAAUUGGAACAAACAGAAGAAGGAGUACAAACCAAUCUUGCUAUUGGAGGAAGACUCGGGGAAUCUCUAUUGGCAAAGCUACGAAGAUGGAAAAAGAGUCAAGGACUUCGUUGCUGAGGAGGUACCAGCGUUGUCAAAGGACUAUGGCUUGGCCACAACAGGGAAGAUGUUGUCGCUGGCAUUGGAGAGCGAUAGCAAAACAAAACAAGUGCUCGGCAGCUUCAAAGUAUUUGCUAGAAUGACUCCUGAUGAAAAAGAAACUGUCAUUGAAUGUCUUCAUUCAGUCGGUUCUUUGUGUCUCAUGUGUGGAGACGGUGCUAAUGACGUUGGUGCUUUGAAAGGGGCUGAUGUAGGAGUUGCUCUGUUGUCAGGGUUUGGUGACAUCAACGUAGAGAAAUCAGCAGAAGCCGAGGCUGAUACGAAGAAAGAUAAAGAGCAGUCUCAAGUCACUGCGAUUAUGAGUCAAGAUAAGCUCAACGAAAUCAGACAGAUGCCAGUGUCCCUGAUUAAGAUGAAAAUUCGAUCUCUUGGAGUUGAUCCAAAUAAGUACCCAGACUUGAUCGAGAAAGAAGACUUGGUACAGCUAUACCAGAUCAAGGCUCGCGAAAUAGCAGUAAAAAGGCACGACCAAAAUAAUUUGAAGAAUACGAAGAACAUGACAGUUGCAGAACGUAGAGAACAGCAAAAAAAAGACGCUGCUGCAAAACAAGAAAGGUUAAUGAAGAGAGUUGCAGAAUUAGAAGCACAGGGUGUCAGUUGGGCAAGUUUUAAGGCAAUGAAGGAGAUAUUGAACGAAGAUUUGGCGGCGCAACGAAAAAAGAGUGGUAUCGUGAAGGGUGGCGGAAUCGAAGGCUCGGCAAGUGCCUUAGCGGCUCAGCUGGAAGAUGUGGAAAGCGGAGACCUUCCAAUGGUGAAGCUUGGAGAUGCUUCCAUCGCUGCACCAUUUACCAGUAAAAUGCCGAGUAUCAAGAGUUGUGUCGACAUUGUUCGCCAGGGGCGAUGCACUUUGGUUUCAAGCAUUCAAAUGUACCAAAUUUUGGCGCUUCAGUGUUUGAUCAGUUCCUAUUCCCUUUCUGUCUUGUAUCUCGAUGGAGUCAAGUAUGGUGACACGCAAAUGACUGCAAUGGGUAUGCUUGGGUCAAUCUCUUUCAUGUCAGUUUCACGUUCAAAGCCUCUUGAUAGGCUUUCAUCUGUGCGUCCCUUGACAUCAAUCUUCCAUCCAUCCCUCUUCAUCAGCUUGCUUGGACAAUUCUCAAUCCACUUGGGGACAAUGGUAUACGCUGUAUACCUUGCCAAGGAGCAACUCCCAGAAGACCAUGAAGUCAACCUUGACGGAGCCUUCAAGCCAGGCAUCUUGAAUACUGUCGUUUUCCUUGUCAGCAACGUACAGCAGGUCACUGUUUUUGUUGUCAAUCUCCAGGGACGUCCGUUCAUGACUGGAUUGACAGAGAACCGCCCCCUUCUAUGGAGUCUUGCUGCUACCUUUAUCCUGACGUUCAUGUUUGCAUCUGAGACUGUCCCAGGAUUGAAUAGAUACUUUCAGCUCGUGCCUUUCCCAGAUGAUGCUUUCAGAGAUGUAAUUCUUCGACUUCUAAUGAUGGACGUGUCUUCAUCGUUCAUACUUGACAGAGUGAUGAAGUUCAUUUUUUGCCGGGAUAUCUUGUUUGCAAGCAUCAAGGGAACCACCAUGAAGGAUAUCUUCACCUUAGUCAGAACAUUCGUCAUCAUUUAUUUCUUGAUGAAUAUGUUCCUGGGAAAUGAAGAAACAUGGGAAGAGAUGAUGCUUCAAGAAGGUCGACUAGAAGAACUUGGCCUGAACUCUACAGAAAACAUCACAAAUUCCACUGGAAUCAUCGAAGAUGUUGCCGAGUGCGUUGGUGAUGUAUGCGAAGCUGUAAAAGAGAGCAUUGGCACUGACGAAUUUUAG